AUGGAGGACUCGGACUCGGCGGCAAAGCAGCUGGGCCUGGCUGAGGCGGCGGCGGUGGCGGCCGCGGCCGCUGUGGCGGCGGCGGCCGCGGCCGCGGCAGGAGGCGAGGCGGAGGAGCCGGUGCUGAGCAGGGACGAGGACUCGGAGGAGGACGCAGACUCGGAGGCGGAGCGGGAGACGCCGCGGGUCACGGCAGUGGCGGUGAUGGCGGCGGAGCCCGGGCACAUGGACAUGGGCGCCGAGGCCCUGCCCGGCCCCGACGAGGCCGCCGCUGCCGCAGCCUUCGCAGAGGUGACCACAGUGACAGUGGCCAACGUGGGAGCUGCCGCAGACAAUGUCUUCACCACGUCUGUGGCGAACGCGGCGUCCAUCUCAGGACAUGUUCUGUCUGGUAGGACGGCCCUUCAGAUUGGGGACAGCCUGAACACCGAAAAAGCCACACUGAUUGUCGUCCACACGGAUGGGAGCAUCGUGGAGACCACUGGGCUGAAGGGCCCGGCAGCUCCCCUCACCCCAGGUCCUCAGUCUCCUCCAACCCCUCUGGCUCCCGGCCAAGAAAAAGGUGGAACUAAAUACAACUGGGACCCUUCUGUGUACGACAGUGAGCUGCCCGUACGGUGCCGGAACAUCAGCGGCACUCUGUACAAGAACAGGCUCGGCUCAGGCGGCCGAGGACGGUGCAUCAAGCAGGGGGAGAACUGGUACAGUCCCACCGAGUUUGAGGCCAUGGCAGGAAGAGCCAGCAGUAAGGACUGGAAAAGAAGCAUUCGCUACGCGGGCCGACCCUUGCAGUGCCUCAUCCAGGAUGGGAUCUUAAACCCUCACGCUGCCUCUUGCACCUGUGCUGCCUGCUGCGACGACAUGACCUUAAGUGGCCCAGUCAGGCUUUUUGUGCCUUACAAAAGGCGCAAGAAGGAGAAUGAACUGCCCACAACUCCCGUGAAGAAGGAUUCCCCCAAGAACAUCACGUUGCUUCCAGCCACCGCGGCUACCACCUUCACCGUGACCCCCUCAGGACAGAUCACGACCUCGGGGGCACUGACCUUUGACCGAGCAUCCACGGUAGAGGCCACUGCUGUCAUAUCAGAGAGUCCGGCCCAGGGCGACGUCUUCACAGGAGCCACGGUCCAAGAGGCCAGCGUGCAGCCCCCAUGCAGGGCCAGCCACCCUGAGCCUCACUACCCCGGCUAUCAGGACAGCUGCCAGAUCGCACCGUUUCCAGAAGCUGCGUUGCCAACAUCACAUCCCAAAAUAGUGUUGACAUCCCUGCCUGCGCUGGCAGUCCCACCCCCGACUCCCACCAAAGUGGCACCUCCCGCGUUGGUUAAUGGGCUGGAGCUGUCAGAGCCGCGGAGCUGGCUGUACCUGGAAGAGAUGGUCAACUCCUUGCUCAACACCGCGCAGCAGCUGAAGACGCUGUUUGAACAAGCCAAACACGCCAGCACCUACCGAGAAGCUGCUGCAAACCAGGCCAAGAUCCACGCUGACGCAGAGCGGAAGGAGCAGUCCUGCGUUAACUGUGGCCGGGAGGCUAUGAGCGAGUGCACGGGCUGCCACAAGGUCAACUACUGCUCCACCUUCUGCCAGCGCAAGGUUCAAGUGAUUCUCCUACCUCAACCUCCUGAGUAGCUGGGAUUACAGGCAUGCACCUCCACCCCCAGGACUGGAAGGAUCACCAGCACAUAUGCGGCCAGUCAGCAGCUGUCACCGUCCAGGCAGACGAAGUCCACGUGGCUGAAAGCGUGAUAGAGAAGGUGACUGUGUGAGGCUCCAUCGGCCGCCCUGGGAGCUGGGGCCCCUCGCACUCCUGUAAGGCUUUUGCAGGUCGAAGGCCCCCCUGAGGACUCUGGGGGGACGUUGAGAAGAGGGGUGUGGGAAGGUAAGGAAACUUGCUGGACAAGUUACUAACACACUUUAAGCGAAUGGUGCCCUGGGGAGCGGACUCCCCCGCCCGGGCCCCCUGCCCGCUCACGGACAGAUUUUUUAUCCCUGGGAUCAUGAGCGUCCGGUCUUGCCCACAGGGCCUGUGCUGCGACGCAUGUACAUACGUGUUGUGUCUGUCAAUAAAGUGUAAAUAAGGUC